GAUUUAAUGAAAUUGAGUUUUUAGAGAGAGAGAGGACAAUUAGUUAAUUUAUUAAUUAAGUACUUUAAGUUUGUUGGCUAGCAACAAUGCGAUGCAACAAUUGGUCAUGCCAGCCAAACGUUUGACCGCCAACAGUGGGAGUGGCAGCAGCAACAACACAACAUCUGCAACGUCGACGCGACAGAGCACACCGUUGGAGACAGCACCACUUAAUAUAAACACGAUAAUGCUGAAUGGAAUGGCUCGAUUAACGCCUGCCCGUGAUCUAACCUUGGGAGGUCGUGGAGCGGGCGCGGGCGGCAACAAAAAGGUUUUCGCACCCAAUCUCAAUGUGGUCCGCAACAAAAACACCAAUGUGAAGACCUCGAAAGAUUUUACGGCAGAGCGUGGCGCUCGCCGUGGUGGGCGUGGCGGUCGCGGGUCUAAUGCGGCAGCUGGCCGCGGUCGCGGCGGCUCCACAUUAAUACAGACAGCGGGCGUUUUCUCGGAGGGCGCAGGUGCUGUGCAUCUGCGAAAAUCAACUGGCAGUGGAUCGGUGUAUGGACGCGCUAGCGAAGAAGUAUCCAUUACUCGAAAACGCGCGGAACGAAAGGACGAGAAGUCGGCACAGCAGCAACAGCAUGCAAGGAAAUUGCUGGACAGCAGCGACGAUGAGGAUUCGAGGCUCGGCAGUGAUAAUGAAAUUGAGGCUGAUAAGACUGAUGUGGCAUUCAAACCGAUAAUCUUGAGCGAAGGCCUUUGGCGCACCAACAAGCCCAGUGUCAAGCAAGAGGCAAUGGUCAUACCAGAUCUAAGCACAAGCAACGAGGAUCCCAUUGCGGUUGCUCAGCGACUGCAGAAUCUGUACGUUCAGUCGAGCAAACCAGAUACACCACCUCCUCAGUACGGUCGGUAUCCAUGCAGCAUAAAUGCUUUUUUGGAUGCACCACAGUCCCAAAUAUUUCUUAUGCAAUUGCCGGAUGUGUUGCCUUGUGUCAGCGAUGACCCCAGCGAUGUAGCCACAGAAGACUCGAAAAAAGAUAUAGGUUUGUCGCCAGACUCGUCGGAUAUGCCCGCAAGUCCCGCAACGAGCAACCAAUCGACCGCGCCCAGGCAUAGCGUAUUAAAGCAGCUGGAGGAGGGUCAAAUAGGCAAAAUUCUGCGAUAUCGCUCGGGCCGCGUCAAACUGGUGCUAGGCGAGACGCGCUUCGAUCUGGAUAUGGGUCUGGAAUCGGGGUUCCUCCAGGAACUCAUGUCCGUUACCGCCAAUCGCGAAGAACGUAGUGGUGAUAUGAUAAAUCUGGGACCCAUUCAGGCGAAAUUGAAAGCUACGCCCGACUGGGUGCAUCUAUUUAAGCAGCAAGAGGCAGCUGCGCGCCGAACACCCUCGUUACGCACAACAGCAGCAGCAGCUGCGACAGCAACAGCGAUGCCGACCUCCAAUGGCGCCAAUAGCACAUAGCAUAGUUGUUCCUAGAUGUUUCCCAGAUGUCCCAGCAUGGUGUUUAGUUAUGUGAGAAAAAAAAUUAAUGUAUAUAGCGAUGCAUCCUACACUUAAGUUAUUUAAAUACAUAAUCAAAAAAUUGAAUCCUUGGGGAUAAA